GAAGAAGCGUUAAAUGCUGCCGGACGGAUUUAGUUCAAUCUAGAACCAUGAGGAUUAGAACUGGAAUUAUAUUCUGGAAUCUCAUGUUUUCAAUGAUGUUCUCGUGUGUGAAAGGGUUCAUAAAUACGUGUGGAGGGACGUUAAAAGGACAGAACGGUACCAUAGAAAGCCCAGGUUUCCCGUACGGAUAUCCCAACGGUGCCAACUGUACCUGGGUCAUCGUAGCGGAACAGAUGAACAGGAUCCACAUCGUUUUUCAAUCUUUCGCCGUGGAAGAGGAGUACGAUUUUUUAUCUUUGUAUGAUGGACACCCACAUCCGGCACACUUCCGGACGAGGUUAACAGGAUUUCAGAUCCCACCUCCCGUCACCAGCACAGGGUCCAUAUUUUCACUACGGCUUACCAGUGACUUUGCAGUAAGCGCUCAUGGAUUUAAGAUGGCUUAUGAAGAGUUAAGGAGCAGCGCCUGUGGGAACCCUGGUGUUCCACCUAAAGGCAUCCUAAACGGAACACAGUUCAACAUCGGGAACACGAUCCGCUACAGGUGUGUGACGGGCUACCUGUUGGAUGGUCACCCCCUCCUUACCUGUGUCCUCAACACAGGCAAUAUGGCCGUCUGGGACUUCCCUGUCCCCAUCUGCAGAG